CUUUAACCAAAAUGCUCAUGCUAACAUGAACCUUUUUAGAUGAAUUAAGUAAAUAUUAAGUUAAUUUUGAUAAAAUAAAUGAUUAAAUAUAUAAUUAUUUUGUGUAAAUUUUAACAAUUUUUUGUAUUUUUACGUUGGUCCAAAUGUUUAAAUUGUGAAAAUUAUUGGAAUCUAGUAAAAAUCAAAUAAAUUUUAGCUUUGAAGAGUAGUUUAGUUUUAAUUUUGUGAUGGGAACAUAAAUUAACAAUCAAAUAUAAAAUCAAAUAAUGCUUUUCUAAUGAAUCUUGAUUGAAAAAAUGUAAUGAAACAUUAUCCAAAUUCUCAAGUCUUUCUAGUUUUCGUAGCUUUCGGUUCUAACUUCCGAACUCCCGUCACCACUCAACACGUCUGCAAUUGUAGCAGAUAAACCUUACCUUUAAAAAAUCCAACUACAACCAAAUCAUAUCCGUCAAAAUGGCGAUAAAAUACUCUCACUUCAGCACAAACAGCAAGCGACUUCGAUUCUUCCUUAUAAUCUUCAACGCUUUCUUCCUAAUUCUCAGUAUUGCGAUAAUCAUCGUCGGCACGAUUUUAGCCGCCCAGAAGCUCCAAUAUGUGGCCAGCGUCUACGGCACGCAGCUGAUUGCUGGAACAUGCUAUAUCACGAUUGCAACUGGCUGCAUCUUGUUUCUUAUAUCGUUCAUCGGCGUCUUUGGAGCGAUAUUCUUCAAUAGGAGAUUACUACUUAUAUACGGAGUCAUAUUGGGAAUCGUUUUUAUAUUGGGUCUGCUUGGUGCUGUGUUGGCGUUGAUAUUUCAAUUUCACGUGUAUGGGAUCGUGAAGAUUUACAUGAGUGAAUCCCUCCUAAACACGUACGGCACACAGAUGGAUGACCCUUGGAAUAAUUUUGUCACCAGGAGUUGGGAUGAAAUUCAGCAGAGCCUAGAAUGUUGUGCACUGGAUCGCAGAGGCUGGAUGAUAUACCGACAGACAUUCUGGUAUCGAGAUUUGCCUGGUCUGCAAUCAUUCGACAAACCUUACGUGCCUCUAUCUUGCUGUAAAAGACUAAAAAACGGUCUCUACCUGGAUCAGAUGAGAUGUCAAUUCAACGCGAAAGGGCCACCCGGUUUGCCGCCAUAUUUGUUGAAACCGCGAAGCGCUGUCUUCUCUAAUCACGAUAAUGACGCACUCAAUACUCAGGGAUGUUACGCAGCCGGUAGGGAUGUGCUGUUAUCGAUCGCGAGAUGGAAAUUUCGAUUUCAAGAGACUAGUCAAAUUUUCAUAGAUAAGAAACAUGAAGGCAGACGUCAGGACCGUCUGCAACAGUUUUGA